GCAGGGCCAGCGGGCCUGAGGGGAGAUGGUGCGUGUGCGCUCCUGGCCGGAGGGCACAGCCCCCGGCUUACCGGAGACGGGCGGUUGGAGGGGAUGGAGGGUGGCUGGUUGCUCCUGGGGAUGCUGUGGCUGCUCCCCGUGCAGGGCACGCAAAGGAGAGCCCGUGCUGGAUGUCACCCCCAUGUCCCUGCGUGGAGCCAGCCCAGGGCUGUCCUAACAUGGGGCUCCUCUGUCCCCAUCCUUUCCUUGCUCCAAAACGCUCCCACAUGCCCUGCUCUCCCUCCCUACCGUCCCAUGUUGAGUGCUGCCAGGUGAUUGGAAAGUUGGGAUGCAAGGGCUGGGCUGGGGAAACUGGGACUGUGGAGGAGCUGCUGGAGCCAGGGCCUCUGGGCUGCAGGGCACCCACUGCCUGCUCCAAUGGACAGCCAUGCCCCCAGAGCUCCCAGAGCUGCCUUUCUUCCCAGCUUGUUUGUCCUUUCGGCUUUCACCCCUCUUUCCCCUCUGCUGCCACUCCUGCUGUUGCCUCCUGCAGUUUGCUGCCGGAGCAGAGAUGCCCAUGUCCUGCUGCUGGAGGCACAUGCUCCAUAGCUCCCUAUGGAUAUGGGUCCUGCUGAUGGCCAGAGCCCCCUUCCCUCCACUCCCUGUAGCAAGUCUUGGGGGAGCCCUGGCACAGCUGAAGGACACAACUCUGGCAGCAGCCCCUCCAGACCUGCCAGGUUUAUAUCUGCUGCAGCACCCAGUGGGAUGGGCAGGUUCCAGCUUGGAGAUAUCCCAGCACAGCUGCAGCGCUCAGGGUGCCAGGGACAGGACAGUGGCAUCUCAGACAUCUUUGGCUGGAGGGAGCACAGCCUGCUCUGGUCCUCACCUGACAGGCUCAGGGUGUCUGAGACUCCUGGAAGUCAUCAGAGACACCCCCAUCUCUCAGGACAGGUGCAGAGACCACCCCUACCACUCCUGGUGGGUGCUCCCCAGGACCACCCUCCCUGCCUCUGCUCCCGACUGAGCCUCUCCAUGGAUCUCCCUCCACCUUGUUUUCUCUAAAAUCAUUUCCCCAGCCAUCGGACAGGUUCCCUGCCUCAGUUUCCCCAUGGUAAAGUUUCCUGCUGGGUGUGCUUAAGAAACAACACUGUGUGAUGUUGUCUGGGUAUAGUGGGAAAACCCUUUUUUGCUCUAUUUUGACUUUUUUUGGCCAGUUGUUCUCCUAUUGCAGAAAGGCAUAUUUGAGUGGUCUCUUCACAAUCUCUUCCCUCUUAAAACCUGCUAAUUAGGAGAACGAGUUGCAUCAGGAUUUCUCCAGCCCUCUUGCUCUCUCAGGGUGGUUUGUCCUGGAAGUGGGUCUCCUUUGGGUGCUGCUCUGCUCUUGGAGGUGGUUCAUGACUUGCCUGGCUCCCCAUGGUGGGAGCAGGGGAGCUGGGGGAUGCUCCAGUCUUUGCUUCCGUGGAUCAGAGCUGCUUAUGUCAAGCUGUCUGGCUUUUAUCCAGAGCAGACAGAGCGUGAGCCCCUAAUACCCACUCACCCUCCUCCUGUGACAGCUGGGUCCCUUCAGCCCCCCUCAAAGGGAAGCUUUUCAGCCUCCUUGCAGCCCCAACACCCCCAGCUUGUUAAAAUACAAGGAAUUAGACUUUAAUGACCUUUAUGGGUCCCUUCCAACUCAGGAUACCCUAUGAUUCUAUGAAUAAGGGACAAAAAGCACUCGUUGUGGGUAAAUGUCUCUUCGUGGUCAUUAUUGAAGGGCUGGUGUGUGUUUGGCCAUCACUGGAGUGCACAGUGGCUGUCCCCAGGCACCCAUGGUCUGUGCUGGGGGACCAGCCAGCAUUCCCUUCUUCACCAAGCUGCCCAAGGAGGGUUUCUCCACUCCCCUUCCCUUGGUGGUGGCUGUUUGCUGUCAGCCUGGACCAUGGGAAGCAGCUUCCCUUGGCCUCCUCCCGGUUCCUGUCCCGGCAGUGACAAGCAGGAGGGUCUCACCAGGUGUCGGGGAUCAGCUGCAGGUCCCGUGGCUGCUUGGCUGGCGGGUGUCAAAACAAACAUCGCUCCUGAGGGGUUUGUGUGGGCAAACAACUUGUCGGAUGCCUGCUGGAUCCCAGCGCCAGCUGGCGGUUCCUGGGCUGGUGGAUUUUCUCCUUGGCAAUGGGAAAGGAAGGCAGGAACGGGGAGUUUUUGGAGAGAGGCACCCACAGCCUGAGUUCAGCAGGUCCCGUGGGUUAGAAAAGGCACUUUUGGGUGCCCUGGCAUGGGGUGGAUGGGCACCACGGCCGUGUCUCACCCCCCUUCCCUCUGCAGCCGCCGCUGCCGCCUCUGCUCACUUCAGCUUCUGCCGCAGCCUCCUGGAGCACACGGUGUCGGCCGAAAACCUCAGCUACCGCCUGCAGCGCAACCCGGGCAGCAGCCUCACCUGGCACGACGGCCGCAGCCAGCGCCCCGACGGCGGCCGCACCGUCAAACUCCUGCGGCAGCCGGGCACCGAGGGCUCCCAGGUCCGUGGCUGUGACCACUAUGGCAUCUACCACACCAGCCCCACACUGGGCAGCCUGGUCAAGCCAGUGGUGCUGUGGACCCAGCAGGAUGUGUGCAAAUGGCUGAAGAAGCACUGCCCACACAACUAUCUCAUCUACGUCGAGGCGUUCUCCCACCACGCCAUCACAGGCCGGGCGCUGCUGCGGCUGAACGGGGAGAAGCUGCAGCGCAUGGGGAUCGUGCUGGAGACGCAGCGGCAGGAGGUGCUGCAGCAGGUGCUGCAGCUGCAGGUGCGCGAGGAGGUCCGGAACCUGCAGCUGCUCAGCCAAGAUUGCACCAACACUGUGAACCGAGCUCCGCUGGGACGGGCUGUGCAUCGCCGAUACGAGACCUGAGCCACACGCUUGGAAUAAGAAGAGACAGCUUCCCAGACACUCCAGGGCUCCUCUCCUGCUUCUUCCUUCUCUUUCUUUUAAAGGAAUACAUUCCUGUGCAGGGAUGGAAGGUUUCGUCCAGCAGACACAACUCUUGGCUGGAGGAAAAUCAGCAAACCAGCUGCUGGGACAGACGAUGAACUUCCAUCCACCUGAGCCUGACAGUUCACAGGGAAAGAGAUGGAAAAAAGGAGAUGGCAAAAGGCAGGGCUCAGCACUGUGAAGAAAGGGAACACAAUGAUUCCAGGGACAGCUCGGAGCCAUGUGCAGGACACUGAAGCAUUUUGCACUUGGGCAACAUCCCAGCACCCAGCAACUCGUGUCCAUGCCUCGGAGCUUAUUUAGGGAGCUUUGGUUUCCUCAUCAGACUGGGCUGCCUUCCAGCGUCCGGGGAGAUGACGUUAUCAGUAGCAAAUAAGAUGAUACAACCAGCCAAAAAAUUCAAAGUGGGGCCAAGACCCCAGCACCCAGCUCCACUUGGUGAGUUAAAAAGGGAGUUGAGUCAUCAGAGCUGGAAAAUCUGCAAGUAAAAGCAGGUUGGAUGCACUGAGAGGGUGCCAUGGCCUGGAGGAACCUGUGCCAAGAGCUCAUCCUUCAUCCACAGGCAGACAGGGGAGCCCGUGCAGGGGCUGGGGGGAGCAGGCAGGGGUGCUGCUGGGUGGUUGUGGGUGCUGCCCAGGGUGGGGCUGGGGGAACACUGGGUGCCAGGUCCUCCUGGUUCUGUCUGCUCCAUGCUCCCACCAGCUCUGCAGAGCUCUGCUCAUCCAGGCAUUGGCAGGUUCCUGUCCUGACCGCCUGCCCAAGAGCUGGCAAUGGUGCCCCCAAAGCCAGGCACCAUCCUGAUGGCCUUCAUCAUCAUUACAGUGGAAGUGUUUGCUGUUAGACCCCCAUCUCCCAAAUUCUCCCAUACAGAGCUACAGAGUGCCCUUGUGGGCAGCUAAGGAAAAUCCAUAUGUAAAUCAGGAUUUUUGGCCAGGAUGGAUGCUGUCACUUCCCCACAUUCCACCUCAAGUGAUGAGGGUAGGGCUGUGGGUCAUGGGGGUCCAAAAGCAGCACCCCAAAACCCUGGGGCAUUGGGAUGUGGAGGCAGGUCACAGUGCCCCCUGGCCAGGCAUCCUCCUGCCUGCUUCUCUGCUGGUAAUAAAUUAGAGACUGUUAUUUUAA